ACGGUCACAUUCGUGUAUGCGCUCAAAUAACGGCGUUCUGCAUACAGCUGAAAGUCCUAUAAGAAAAUAAUAAAUAUAUGUACAUCGAAAUGGAGCUGCGCAGUAAUAGCAAACAUUUAAUGGAACUGCUCAAAUCCUACGGCGCGUACGAGGAUGGCAUGGAACUGGAGGAAAUGAAACAAGUGGCCCAAGCAAUGGAAAUGUCGGCAGUCUCCACAAAUGCCAUGGAAUGUUUGGAUCUCGAGCGCGCCCUCUUAGAAAGCGAGUUUGACUUUCGCAUGUCAAGCAAUUCAACAAUGAUUGCUGACCCAGUGUUUUCGUCAUCAACAUCGCCAUUAAUGGAAUCCUUUAUCGGCUGUCGCAGCUUCGAUCGCAACUGCGACAGUCCACCAACUAACCCCAUUCAUAUGGAAGUACAUGCUGUGGUGCAUCAUGAGCUCAACUGGAGUCCAACUGCUGCCGUUGCUGCUCGUCCACUCAAGCGACAUAGCAACGAAAUCGUGGCCAGUGACAUGCAAAGCCCCAAACGACAGCUGCGCAAUGUCGAAGCUAAUUUAGCUGAUGCCACGCCCAUUUCCAUGACCAGCUCUGAUUCGGGAGUAUGUGACGAGAUUGGCACACUCUCCAGCAUCGCAUCCAGUGAUCAAAGCACUAUGCCAUCUAUUGGUGAGGUGCCAAGUCGCCUCUUGAUCAGCACAAGCAGCGCUGCUGUCUCUACGGACUUUUCUAACUGCAUCGAUAGCAGCAAUCUUUAAAACACUAAUUUUGUCAACUGCUGCUAAUGAAGGCUGCGCCUUUAUUGAUUAUUAAUACAUUAGUAAAGGUCAUUCCAUUAAAGUUGAGAACGUGGUGGAACUC